ACACAAGACACCGUGAGGUCUUCAGUGGCGUUGCAACUGUCUUCCCCCUUGUCAUAUGCAGAAGUAUCUCAGCUGAUAGUCUGUCUGUAUGCCGGGGUUCCCUUGCACUGUGAGUGUGUGGUUGUGUGUGAUUGUGUGUGUCCGUGCGUGCGUGCGUGUGUGUGUGUACGUGCAGCAGGAGGAGCAGGGUGGAGCAGGAGGCGGGAUGCGCCGAUGGAAAAGACGCACCGCUCGUCUAUUGGAGCAGACGCGGAGUGGGCGCCCGUAAGACGCGCCUACCGCUGCUUCAAGACAGUUUUUUUUUCUGGGACAGGAGACAUGAGGUUUGGAGACACCUGUCAGGAGGACUAUACAUCCAGAAGCUGAAUGUGAGGCAACUGGAGGCUGAGGGUUCGGUCAUGGACGCGCCGCUAACGCGUAAAUAACCUCUCGGUACCAAGGAGCGUAAAGUUAUCCUGCUGCUUCCUUGUUGUUCUUUGUUUUAAUCCUUUUUUUUUUCCUGAGCCGCAUGAGUUCGCAGCUGUUUCUAGGUCAGCUGGUGGGGGUUCCGUUAGAAAUAAUGCACCCCACCAUGGAGAAAGACACGACUUACACCAAGAUCUUUGUUGGCGGGCUGCCUUAUCACACCAACGACGCUUCACUUCGGAAAUAUUUCGAGACUUUUGGGGACAUCGAUGAGGCGGUGGUGAUCACGGACAAGCAGACGGGCAAAUCUAGAGGAUACGGCUUCGUGAGUAAAUUGAACUUGCUUCUUAAAAUGAGGUUUCAAUCACAUGCUUUGAAUUUAUAUGAUAAAAAGGGGGUCAUUAAGCUGUUGCAGCUUAAUGACUCAAAAAGUGACCUAUCUCCAUGAUGAAGAGUGUUUUUAUCAUCUCUUGGAUAUUACCUUGUAUAGGUUUCGUUUUGGGUCUCAGGAGUCUACACACACACACACACACACACACACACACACACACACACACACAUACACACAUAUACACACACACACACACACACACAUACAUAGACUGUGUCCCAGGCAGAAAUGUGACUGGUGGUAGCAGUCACAUGCUUGAAGCAUGAGAGGCAGAUUAUUUCGUAUAAGUGUGUCAUCAAUUAUCUCUGCUGCCCCAAAAUACACACACACACACACACACACACACACACACACACACACACACACACACACACACACACACACACACACAGUCACUCACUCACACUCUCAGUGUACAGUACAGAUUCAGAGGCACCAUCUCCAGAGAGUUGGACACACUUGGGUUGGUAAUAAGCUGCUUUGGACAGAUGUUUUUCUUUCUGCUCUGUUAGUGAGAGAGAGAGUGAGAGAAAAAAAGAAAGAGAAAAGGGGGGAGGGGGGGUUCUUGGUCACAGAGGUGUGACAUGUCAGUUGGCUUUGCGAGAUAAGGCUGCAGUAGUUUCUUUCUGACUUCCUCUCACUCUGCCCUUCCCCCUCUUCUUCUCUUCUUCUCCUCCUCGCCCUCUCUCUCUCUCUCUGCCCGGUUAGCUUUGAGUGAGUUUGUGUGUGACAGAGACAGCAGUGGGUUCAUGUGUUCUGGACUGAAGCAGUUCAAAUUAUCUCUUUCUCUGCCUGACCAGUUAGCCAAUCAUCUUAGGCCACCGCUAUGUGGAUGUGUGUGUUGUGUUGUCUGCCGUGGGACAGCGUGACCACACCAUCUCUGACUUCCCCUCAGAGGUUUUAAUCCCCUGCUGCCGCUUCUUGAACCCUGCUGAUCUCAAACCGUGUGCCGCCCGUGUUUGCAUAGGAUUCCAGAGUCUGAUGCUGCAAAACAAAAGCAAGCGUGGCAGUUUUAGCUUUCACUGUCACUUUCAUUUGCGAUGGAGUCGUUUUAACCUCCAUAAAUCAAGUGUGGCUGCCCCGUGUGUGUUUUAACCUUCCCCAACCCCCUUUCCCACUCCUCAUCUCACCCCCUUAAGGUAGACUCAAACAUCACAUCCUUGGCAGCCCAGUGUAGGAAAGCCAAUGCCAAAUCUGCCUCCUACAUGGGCUCCAACGGAAGUAAAAAAAAAAACUCAGCAGUGGCUUCGUGAAGAGGUCCCACUGCCUCAGUGUGUGUUUAGCAAAGAGAGUGAAUCAUCCAAGGAGAGACAAGGACAGCAGCAACCUCAGGGGCCACCCAGAUCUGGGGUCUGCCACUUAGCUUGAGCGCUCAUGUUAAAAUCACUGACUAGAUAAGCCUUCAUUUACUGUCAUGAGUGUUAUAGGCUGAUAUUAAUGAGCCAUGUUGUGACACUGUCAACAGGUGACCAUGGUGGACAGGGGGGCAGCAGAGCGGGCGUGCAAAGACGCAAACCCAAUCAUCGACGGCAGGAAGGCUAAUGUGAACCUGGCGUACCUGGGAGCGAAGCCUCGCAGCACACAGACAAGUAAGUUGGAAAGACAAAUACUGAGACACCCAGGAUCACAACAAAUUAUUCAAUUUAGUUAUUGUUCUUUAAAAAGUUAACCAUCCAAGAACCAACAAGAUUUAAGCUCCAACUGAGGAUGUAAAUCUGUAUAGAUAGUUCCAAACAUCUGGACUCUACAGUUUUUAGCCAAUGAUCCUACAUCAGGGAUGUAGGUUGAUAGCUAUGCAAAGAGUGUCCAGUCUGUACAUAAAUGAUCAGAUGCAGAAUUAUGCUUUUAUUGCGAAAGGAAUAGCCUACAGCUAAAUCCACGGCUUCUGAAAACUCUCUAAAAACUUAAAUACGCAAGAGCUGCUUUCAGUUUUCUGUGUUGUCUGCUUUACUCUUAAACUGCUUUUUAUUCCUGAGAAAUCGCAGCACAAGGAAACCGAAACUUAAAUGUCAGGUCACUGCAAAUUCCCCCUGGGGUUGAAUUAGGACUCUAUCAAUCUGUUUAUGACCAUCUGAAUGCACUGUUUACUUCCUGCAUUAAAAUGGAUGAAGCUCUGAAGUGGCCUAUCAUCUCAAAUAUCACAGCAAAGUGCCGUUGAAAUAAGGGAAGUCAACGUGUUGUUUCUUGCUUGCAACACAUUCGAAAUGAUGAUAAUCUGACUUAGACAGGGUAAAGGAAGCUGUCUGGUUUCUUAUUGUAUCUUAAGUGUGGUGGUUUUCACGCUGCAUGAAAUUCAGCUUAAAAACCGGUGAAAAUAUGAACAAAUUUGUGGUUUGUUUGUGGAAUAAAACACAGAACACCACUGGUUUCAUCCUGUCAGCCAGCUGUCUUUGCUCAUUCCCAACAUACAUUCACUCUUUGUGUACUCAAUUAAACACACAGCUUUGACGCCAGCGGGCUUUUUUCGGCGUUAAAAAACCGGCGCGCACAUGCUUCAUGCUUCCACUUUGACUUAUCUGCAAACCAAAUCCUGACAGCAGCUCUGCCCUCUCCGCUCCAUCCGAAGCUCGCUGGCUGAAACACUGUCGAGUGUAGGUGUGAUUGACAAACAGCGUUUCCAACAACAACUGACUGUGUGUCCUUAUUCCGGGCCAGCAACCGCGACGCAACUCUGCAAGCAUGCAGCUGAUGGGAGAUGGCAGCGCUUGGUAUUUUGUUAUUGUGUGCGAGAGAAUAAGAAGAGCAAUGAGGGGAUGGGACUGUUGGGAACAAGAAAUAACUGUGUCCCCUUUGUCCUGUGGUGGAGGGGAAACGUGCAUUAAGAUAUACAUGUGCGCGAAAAGAGGAGUGGUGUUUUAAAACAGAGAAAGAAGGAAAAGCUUGAGGAAUGUAGAAAUGAAGUAAGAGGAGAGACACAGAGGAGGAGGAGGAGGAGAAGUUACUCCUUCUUACUCAGCCUCAGCUGAUUCCUGGUGAACUCUGGAGGCAGCCAGGUCACAGAUGUUUGCGCGCAGUGGAGUGCAUCAUCCUUUGUUGUGAAGCUCGUGUGUGCGCGUGGGGAAUAACAGUCGGUGUCUGAUACUCUCAAACUAUACAUGCUAACCUCACACACAAUCAAACAGAGAGGGUGAGCUGAAAUCCCCUCCCUCACCCUACCUCUCUUUCUUUGUCUGCAGGUCUCUCGGUUGGAGUUCAGCAAGUCCAUCCCACGUGGGCUCAGAGGCAAUACGGGUAAGACGGAGAACAAUCAAUACCUCUAUUUCCACCUCACUCUCUCUUUUUCUCUCACCUGCCUCCACCUCCUCAACACAAUACAUUUCACUCCUCCGUCCUUGACACUUUGAAGCCUUCGCUCCAGCUCUCAGCUUGGGUUGAGGUAGUUAGUGCCACUCUAAAGUGUGAAGGGAAGGGGGAAAAAAAGCCAUCACAGCACCACUGAUGGCUGUUAAAACUAUGAAGCGCUUCAAACAUGUUACAUCUGUAUCUCUACAUUGUAUUUCGAUUUGUCUCCUUUAGUCCCACUCUCCCAGUUUGGUCCAUUUAACACAUGAGAGGCUCAAUUCUGGAUUUCACUCACGCAUGACUUGGGCUUCACUGAGGCAACCAGGCAUUAAGUCAAACUUUCCUACAUCCUUUCUUCUUUCCUCCACACACACACACACACAUCGAUUCACACACACACACACACACAUACCGCUGACAGUGCCUCUCAUUUCUUUUUUUACCCAGAGACAUGUGGUUCAUAUAUUGGUUUGAUAUCUCCUCUCAUAUUAGGUGCACUUCAGCUGCAGUGUAGCCCACAUCUGUAACCAACUAAUGUGCGAUUAUUAGUUCAGCUUUUUUUGGCUGCAGUGAUCACUUAGCUGCUUUGAGGCAAGUGUAUGUGAACUGGUCUCAUCUACUGGUUUAUAAAGCUUGUAUAGGAUUGAGUCUAGAUAGAAGAUAUGAAGUUUGGAAGACAGGAAAAGCCACUGGAACAUUUCAUGACGUUUUAAGUAUUUCAACAUAUAUCAAUCAGUAAUUCUCCUCCGUUUAACCCACUCCUUAUACAUUAUUGUGUCAACAGCUGCAUUAGAGGAGUUGCUGGUUUUGUCUUAGGGACUUUAUCAGCCAAGAAAAAUAAAAAAUCCUGUAAUCCACAUGUGAUGACUGAUAUUCCUCCUCCUGUUGUCCAAAGUUUCUGUUUGAGCCCUGGAAGAAAAUCUGAAUGACUCAGAUCCUGAUUGGAACAUGGAGGAUGAUUCAUGUCCUGAGCUCUUGCAGACAAUCGAGUGACAGUGCAGUUUCUUCUCGGUAAUUUUUAACCUGACUUAUUUAUUGUUUUUGAGGUGAUCCAGUGGUGAGGGUUUUAAGUAGUAUCACAGCUGUUAGAUUUUGCCAUUAACUUGAGAACAUAAGAGCAGGGCGACUUGUCCUUAAGAUUAAACAGUGUUUGUCUUUGACUAGAAAAUAACAGGAUCUUUCAUUAUUUACGUGUGUUUAUUCGGAGCUUGAAUGAUGUAGUGUUUUGAAAAAGACCUCUUCACACUGACUUUGUGCGAGAUGACAAGUAGCGAUCCCGCCGCUGCAGCAAAGUCCAUUAAAAACCUCAACUGUUCUCAGCGCUAUUAAUAUUGCAGUCCUCAAUUUCUGAAUGAGCGAUAAGGGAAUUGAGGGUGACCCAGAUGAGUCCAUGAAUGAGUGAUGAUGGGUUGAUUGAAAGUCUUCUUCAGCGAGGUGGGAGUUGGCCUCUUUCAAUCUGUUUCCAGGAAGAGUAGCAGCUUUGACACCUCGCUGAACUGAAACGAAAAAGGGGGAAACGUCAACUUAAAUGCUGAUUAACUAACAAACCCAAAGGCAAGAACACUCACAGGAUGUGGCAGCGUUUUUUCUUUUGACUGUGGAGGAGCACGAAAACACAAGCAUUAAGUGAAUAUUAAAAAUGUUUUUAUACUUUAUGUCCCCUCUAAUCAGAUCAGAUAUACUAAAAUGUUUCAGUGGUUUGGUGUUAAAGACAUAAGCUACAUAAAACAAAUGUGUUGGAUGCUACUUUAGCAGCUUUAGUCUUUCUGAGGAGGAGGAAAGCAAGAAUAGAAGGUCAUCUGGAGUGUUUUAGAAGAUAUAUUUGAGGAAAGGAAAACGGUCAUGUCUUCAAAUAAUUCAGUGAAAUAUCAUGCUUUUAUUUUGAAAAGGCUUGAAAAAAGAAACUUAAACAUACAGCUGUUUAAAAUGUUGUAUUUGAUUGUAUUUUGUAUUAUCACUCGAUUCAUUUGAAAGAUAAAAGAUUAGUUUAGACACAUACUGACACAUAUUUAACCAAUCUUGCUGUUUAUAACGCACUGUGAACCCUGCCCCGUUUCAUUGUUUGUAGAAAAAGAAGUGAUACCAAUCUCUGCAACACCUUUAACCUCAGGGGAUCUUCGCUGCAGGAUAAGUUGUACUCUGACUCAGAGACAGAUUCUCUUUUUCUCCGAACAGGAAACUCUCGGUGUUAAGUACUGUCACUGUCUCAUGCUGGUAUUUGUCCCUCCACCUACGUGAUAACCAAACUGUAAACAAACCACGGUCUUGUCUUUGUCUUCAGGCGGUCUGAGGCAAUAUUGACUCUUAAAUUUAGCUGUCGAUCCUCUACUUUGUGGUUCAGUUCCUUAGGAAAUCAGACAUAAGUUAUAUGUUACUAAAUCCUUGCUUGUGAAAUGUUAGCAUCGUUUUGGGGUUUUGGUUUGCUCAUGACAAACGGACACAUCUGUUCAGUUAAGAUCACUCUGCUCUGAGGCAAAAUGUGUCUGUGACAUGAUCAGCAUGACUGCAGUCAGUUUUAGACAUCUCUUGGCAAAGUGAAGGACUUUUAUUUUGGGAACAUCUUCCAGAUAUAGCUCAGAUUUUACACAGGCCUGUGCUGACUAGAUAGAGGGAAGAAAUUAUUACCAACCCAUCUCUUUUUUUGAAUGAGACUGAUACAGACAACAUUUUUCCCCCAAGUGAAAUUAUUCAUAUUCAGACUUGAAUUUUUAUUUUUUUGUGAGAAUGCAUAUCAAAUAGAGUCUUAUGUUUCACAAGAUAAGUGUAAAUUAAAUUAAAGAAGAACAAAAAUGAAAUAUGGAGCCCAAUGCAUGCACACACACUCUACCAAUCUCACAAGAUGCGCUUUUGACUGAGAUUUUUUGGAGUUGAAACAAAAAAUUAUCUUUUAGAUUUGUUCCCAACUUUGUCAUUAAAAAUAGCCAGUCUUAUUUUGGAUCCAUAAAAGAAGAAGAUGAAUCUUUUAGCACUUAUUUUUGGAUGAUCACAAAUUCUAACCAGUGCUGACUCAAGAUGUUUAACAAAAAGAGCAGGACUAAACUGUAUAAUUUGUUUAUAAUGUUUACAAAGACCCAACAUCAAGAUAGGAUAAGAUUCAGUCUUUUUGCAGACUUUUCUUUACAGUGCCAAUAAUAAUGGUGAAAGUAUGCAUAUGCUGACAUUGACAUAUAUACAAACACAAUGAACCAACCAAGACAGAGGGGAAGACAGGGACACGCUGGUUAACGAGCAACAGGUGUGGCAGCUGAGACACAGGUGAAACUCGUUAACUGAUUGACGCAGGAGGGAAAACUUGGGAAGUAAAACCAGACUAGAAACACAAGGAAUCAACUACUACAAAAUAAAACAGGAAACACUAAAGACUGAUCUAAAGAAUAAAACACUGAGAACAGGAGGGAAACGGGGUCAAACACAAACUGAGAGCUCACAAGACUGGAUCACUGGAACAAUAGGAGUCAGACAACAGCAGCUCAUGCAGACUUUUUGUUACAGUGCCAAUAAUAAUGGUGAAAGUAUGUGUAUCUGUAAGAACCGCAAAUUCAUGAUGAGAGAGUGGUCUUAAUAUUUAUGGCAAAGUCAACAGAUCUCAUCUAAGUAUCCAUACAAUAAAGAUGGUUAGAGUGAGGGAAUGAAAGUGUCAAUUAAAGCAGUUGGAGUCAAACUGUUGUUACAGUAAUGAUAAAGGUGAUGGUAAUGGUAGAAGCAGCAGGAGUUGAUGAAUCUGAAUACAUCUUCAAGCCUUUUUGUUGCUUUUUUGGGGGCUUCAGGGUCCAACUCUGUCACAAAUAACAAAAGAUAAACCCAGACAAAGAAGAGCUCAGUCUUUGCUCGGUGUAUUUGCUCUGUCUGCUGCUCGGGAGUAUUUGCUUCAAGUUUUAAGAGAACAGAGGACAGGCUGAUGCCAAAUGUGGCUUUGAGGUACAGCUGAGUCUGGUGAGGGGAAGGAGGAAGAGGGGAGGGACAUUCACAAUUUGAGAAGGGGGGGGGACAUCUGUCACCCAUGGCUGCCUGCUGUCUGCCUUUAGCACCCAACAUUGGAGCUUGGCAGAAGUGAAAUUUAUUUUGUUCUUGUAGGGGUUUUUUUCUAAGAGAGAGAAAGGAGAGGAAGGAGAGGAGAGGAGGGGGGACUUCCUGUUGAAGCGAGGGAACAGAGACGGGGGAGGAAGGGAGGUCACAGAGACUAACAGCACACCUGUGGUUGGGUUUGGUUGUGGCUGGGUUCACUGAUGCUUUAGAGCUGGUGGUUUGUGUGACGCUGGAGCUGGUUUUUGUGUUUGAAAUGCAUGUAAGGUUAAAAAAAACGCUCCUGCUGUCAAACAUCAGAAAAGUGUGGGCAGUUCGAUGUUGAAUUCUUUCAUACACUGACUGUGUUUUGGACUGCUUUCUCUCCAGGCCCCCUUUUGUCACUCUGUCCCUCUAAGCUUUCCCCCUCUCUCUCUGAUCCGUCUUGUUUUUUCCUCUUCUUUCAGCCUGUGGUUUUUUGCUCUCUGUUAGCCUUCAGGUGUCGAUUUUCUUACCCUGGGACCCAAUUAGGAAAAACUACCCUGUCAGAUAAAAAAAAAAAAACACAUUCGAAAUAAAAGAGUUUUACAUUCGCAAGGAGGAUAUAACCACAGCUAUAAACUUUAGGAAGACCAGGUAGUUUUUGUCCUGAUUUUGACUUUUCAGGCUAUAUAGCUGAUUUUCUGUGAUCUGGAUGUCCUCUUGCUUUUCACAAUUAUUUACCAUCGUCAGGAAGUUCUCACCCAUCAGGAGUAGUGUUAUUUGAGCUGCUCUGUUUCACAUCGCUGCACUAGGAGGAUGUUUGCAAAAAUCUGUUUGUGUCAUGUAUGGUACACAAAAUAAAAAGGAAAAGGACCCAGAAAUGCAGAACUAAGGAUUUAUCAAAGCAAGAACAGAAAGUAAAAGUCCAACUGAAAAUUACCGUCAAAAUUUUCAAAGAAUUCCAAAUUCAAAAGUCCAAAAAAGUACAAGAAGCAAAAUCUAGACUGGGAAAAGAACCACAAGGUGACAACUGGGGACACAAUGCUGAAAUCGACAUACAUACAUACACACACAAUGAACCAACCAAGACAGAGGGGAAGACAGGGACUGUGUGCACACUUGUUAACAAGCAACGGGUGCGGCAGAAGAGACACAGGUGAAACUCGUUAACUGAUUAACGAAGGAGGGAAAACUUGGGAUUAGAAAACACAAGGAAUCAACUACGACAAAAUAAAACAGGAAACACUAAAGACUGAUCUAAAGAAUAAAACACAGAGAACAGGAGGGAAAAAGGGUCAAAUACAAACUGAAAACUGACAGGACUGGAAUACAGGGAAACAGGAACACAUACAGACAAUGCGCUUAAAUAACAAAACCAGGGAAAAACAAAAUAAACAGAACAUAUCAUGACAGUUUGACGCAACAAGAGAAAUGUAGAUUGAUUUUUAAGAGCAUGUUGAAGCACAGUCAUCAUCUCUUUGCAUACUUUACACUUGUAGCUCAUACAAGCUGCAGCAAAUUGAAAUGAUAAUCAUUCACGCUGCCGUGACAACGUCCAGUAAACAGAUCACAGACCGCACAUUUUCUUCCUAUCACGCAGCUGUAUUUGUAUUCAUGUAUUCAUUUGAAUGUCUUUCUUGUCUGCUGACAUUACAGCUGAGUGUCCAGUGCUGAUGCUGGCCUUUCUAUCCCUCACCCUCCCUCAAGCUGUGUAUGUGUGUGUGUGUGUAUCAAGAGGGGAGGACGGAGGGUCAUGUAUGUGGGUGCUCCACAAAUGUGUGUGUUUGUCUCUUUGACUGACUCACCCUCCUCACGUCCCCGAUCUGAACUAUUAAAAGCGUGUUUGUCCUGAGGCGGCAGCGAUAUGAUGGCUGAUCCCUCUCCUUCCUGCCCCCUCCUUGCCCAAGGAGUCCUGACCUUGACCCUUGAAAAAGGAAAAAAAACCCAGAUGUUUUUUCCUUCUGCUUCUUUUUAUUCAGUACAUCAUAUCGCUUUAAUCCCACUGCCUGGCUUUGAGGAAGGACAGUGAGGGGGAGUGCAGAGGAAGCCGUCUGUAAGGGAGUAAACCCAGAGAGAGGAGGGAGUCGGUGGAGGUUAUUCUGCUCUCAUGGGUCUGUUAGUGAGAGUACACCCAUGCAGCUGCACCAAUUAGCCCCCACUCACCACACACCCACACACACUGUACACACAUCCUCCUUUAAGCUGCUUAACUGACUACACACAACCUGUUAAGUUUGCCUUUGCAUUAUCAAUCUCCCAGACUUGCAUGCUCAUUUUUCCCCCCUGAGUGUGUGUUUACGUUUGUGUAAGUCUGUGUGUCUGCAUGCCUGUUUUACACCCCCAUUUGUGUGUGUAGGAGUGUGUAUAAAUGUGUGUUUGACAGUCAGAAAUGAUGCCAAGCACAGGGAGAAAGAGGCGAGGCGCAGCUCCCCUCUCAUACGAUGCCGCUGUCACAUUGGAUCAGUCAGGCGGGUGCACAGGCUGGCAGGCCAGCAGGCAGCGGCACACAGCCGUGGGAAUGACACUGCACUUCUGCUCUGGGAGAUAGCGAGGGAGCGUGAGCAAGGAGGGACGUGAUACACAGAGAUUAUUAGCUUCAGCUGUGCAUUGACGAUAUAUGUUGUUGUACAUCGUUAGGCAGCAGGUUUUAUCUCUGUCUUGGUGCGGCUUUCUCAGUGAGACCUCCUCAAAAGGCUCUUAAAACUCCUUUUGACUCAAAAUAUAAUGCACAGAUAACAGUUUCGGCAGUUUUAUUUGAUGUAAACAUGCUGACAAUGAUCCAAAGGUGUUUUCUGAAACUUCAGAGCAUUAGUUUAGUAGCUGCAUCCUUCCUGGUUUAUAGCAUUAUAGGAGAGUUUCGUGUGUGUUGGAAGGCAAACAAAUUUCUUUUGAGUGUGCAGCUGUGAUUGGUUGUGCUCUAAAAAAAAAAACAUGUAAAAGAUCCUCAGGAGAAAAAAAAAUGUUGUUGUUCUGUUGGAAAUCAAUUAGUCAUUUUCAGUCCAAGGUGGCUGUUUGUUUUGGCACAUAUGUGCGACAGGAUUUCUUGGUGAUAUUUAGUGAAGUAUGAUUCUUCUUAAGUUUUUUUUUUUAAUUUGGAUUUUCACACUUUCAUCUCUCUAAACAGUGUUCUUCAAUUUUUUUCAGCUGCCAAAAUCCAAAUGUGAGAAAAGAGGUGUUUAUAAAAAUGCUGAUACUUGUAUUUGGGUCCCCUGAUCAACAUCAACAGGGAGCUGUGAUAGAUGUGAAAAUUACCUCUCAGGCAACUUGACUGCUUCAUCUUCUUUAUCUGAAGCCGCACGUACACUUUUGGGAUUAUUAAAGCGUUGAAGCAUUGUUCCAUGUUUCUGUAUAAUGAUAAGCACUCUGUAAAGUUAAGGUGUUAAGUUUGAUAGUGGCAUACAAUCAGUCGUAUAGUCUCACAUUGUAAAUGGCAUCCAUCUAACAUCACAAAUCCAACCAUAGACUAAUGUAUGUUAAUUUUGGCUAUACUGCAUUGUUAAUUUAAAGAAUAGUGUCCAGUAACCACUUAGAAAGAUACAUGUUGUAUUGUCUGAGGUUUAUAUGAAUGCUCUCUGUCAACAAAUAUAGAUCAUUAUAUUUAUAGAGACUGUCUGAACCCAUUUCCUUCAAAAAAAGAAGGAGAUCUGUGAUGGUUUAUCUUUCAGUUUUAGUGAAAUAAUUUCAUUUUUGUUGUUAACUGACUACAGUAUCUGGAGGCUACCAUCUUUGUUUUGGUCCGUUGACCAAUCAGUGGUUGUAUCUGCAAUCAGCUGACCUUUAAAUGCCCAGUUAAAAAGGAGGGCAGCCUGAAACAUAUGCCACAGAUGGAACUAUUUUGAAUGAAUGCAUCCUUUAUCAAUUUAUUAUAGACUCAGUAGACUUGUGCUUGUUCUUUGUACACACACUUGGGUGCUUCAUUUACAUAUGUAAAACUUUUAUUUUCAUUUAAUUGACCAUUUUAAGACAUUGCAAAUAUUAAUUUAUUCAAAAGACCUAAAAACAACUUACCCUUUUAUUGAAUGUGUCUGUGUUGUUAUAGGUUUUUGUUAACUUUGACUCCAGUGGACUCAAGCAGAUACAGAAAACCAACAAAUGCACAUUGUAGGAUAUUUACAGACAUACUGUGCUUGCUGGUGUGUCCCUUUGUAUGUUGUGAAUACAUCAGGGUGGGUGUGAACAGGCCUGGUCCUUAUGUUUGUUGUGUAAGCUUGCCUGAUCCCUGCUCUCGCUCUGUUUAGAGGUAAGCAGCAGCAACAGGACUCUGAUCACCUGUUCAGACUCAGUGACAAGGUUACCGUCAGGUUAAUGGUUUGACUGCAGGCUGGGUCACCGGAGUGUGCGUGUUAAAUACUGCCAUGUUGUGUUGUUUUUGCUUAAGUGCAGAGGCAGAAUAGUUCCUCUGAUUUGAUUGGUGUUGCUGUUUCCAGAUGUAGCAUAGGCGGUUCAGGUUAAGUGGGCGGCCUCAGGCAAGGGCAUGACUGAAUACAGGAGGACAGAGGAGCCCUUUUUCCUCUCAUUAUUACUCUGGCUCCGAGUAUCAACAGUCUCAUACACUGCAUCUGUUGUGGCAGGUUAUGCCUCUGUGUGCGUGUGUGUGUAAGUCAAAGAGAGAGAGUGUGUUUGUGUGUGUAAAACAUAGUUGACUCAAUGCAAAGGCAAAGCCAUGGAAUCUAGAGACUACAACUAGGAGCAAAAGCACACUGAUGCCUUAUUUUCGUAUGGUAAAUGGGUUUAAAAUGGGUUGAAUUUGAUUUGGAAAAUGUGUUUUCUUUUUAACACUUCUCAGAAGUGUGCUAAUUACACUUCAACUCAAGGGAAUAGCCUAUUUUAAGGGAAUAGGAAUGAUAAUUGCUCUUAAAGGAGAAGUUGUAUGAUGCCUUUAGGACGCUUUAGGAUUUUUAAUGCAUGCAGGAAUAAAAAUAAAUCCAAACACCGAGGCAGAAAAUCAGUAUUUUGUGAACCUGUCAAGCUCAUGUUUAAAAGCCAACAUUUAAAUUGACUUGAUUUUCUCUAGGUCCUAACUGUUGUACUUCUGUUUAUCCAGGUUCGCCCAGCAGUACGUCUACCCCCAGGCUAUCCUGCAGCCCAGCUUGGUGCUGCAGUCCCAGCUCAGCCCCACAGCAGCAGCACUCGCCUCCCCAUACCUGGACUACAGCCCUGCCUAUAGCCAUUAUGCCCCUACAGGACUGGAGCAGUACCCUUACACCCCUUCACCUUCACCUUCAGCUGGCUACCUCAGCUACAGCUUCUCCCCGGGCAGUUCGGCGCCCACUCUCACCACAUCUCCAACCCCUCCGGCUGCCAUCCACCCACCUUUAGCUGCGCUCACCACCAUGUCUGCCGCUCCUCAGGCCUUUCUUCACUAUCCUCUGCACCAGCCCGACCGCAUGCAGUGAGCAGCCUUGCGUGGAGACGGAGCUGCCGACCUGAUGAUUCAAAACAGUGACUUGACCGGCGACAUCAUCAGGAAAAGACUGGAUAACCAGGAGGAGAGUGUAUUGUAAUCAAAAGGGCUUUUAGAAAGCACUCUCUUUCCUAUUUCUAUAUAUAAAUUUAUUGUUAUAGUUAAUGAAAAUGUUAUAUUGCUACAGCGAUCUGCAUACAACCUGAAUGUUUUUUUCAUAAAUGUCAGGAAUCAGAGACCAGAAUGAGACAAUAAUCCACAAGACAUUUUUCCCCUGAUCUCUGACUCUACCGCUGUGGUUGAAAGCACGCCCACUGCUGGAAAGCAGUUAGGUAAAGACAAUAAAAAAAAAUGUCUGUUUGACAUGAUGCUGGGGCUGCAGUUUCUUCAAAGGUACUGGUCUGGAUAUCAGCCAAGCUGAGAGCUAGUUCAUUUUUGAAAAAACACUGGACCAAUAACCUCCUCUACAAGGUUAUCUUUCUGUCUUUGGCUGUAGAAAAUUUCUUACUCUUUUUUUUUCUUGUCCAGUUUGUGUUCUUAAAUUUAAUUUGGUCUCUUUUCAUCUCACCCCUGCUUUUUUUUUUUAUCUAUGGUGGCAAGAUGACACACACAAAAAAAACACAUUUUAGAUAAAUAUGCAAGUAUAAUGAUAAAUGUGACCAAGUGUAAGGUAGACCACACUGUUUUAUUGUUUUUGUAUUACUACUGUGAGAAUAAUACUGAGAGAAGAAAUGUGUUAACAAUUAAAAUACAGCAGCCAUGACAUGGAUUCACUACAGCGACACAAUAGGCUUUUUUGACCCCUGACUCUUGGACGUGGUACAGAGGACUGUUUGGUUUUAUUCAAAUUUAAUUAAAAAAUCAUGAAUACAUAUCAAGAGAGAUGAGAGGUUAAAGGUGUCAAAUGUAUGUUGUUACUGACUGUGUAAGAAUAUUUGAUGUAGGUUUUUAUGUGUGAUUGAGUUGAGUGAGAGAGAAAUCGAGUGAGCGGUGUACCCCAGUGUCAGGACCCGGCUCCCCUCCAGCCCAGUGUGCCAGUCAGAGUUGUUUCUUUGUUUCAACAGCAGAAUACAAAAAAGAUGCUAUAGUAAUGUCGACCAGAGUCUCACAGUGCUUUGGCACUUCUUAGUAGUCAUAAACCAUGUCAUACACAACAUUUAAAACAAAUAUGCAAAGCAAAAUGAAUAUUUCUGAAAUAAAAAAAAGAGAAAAGACAUGAUAUUGUUUUCUCUGAGUGUGACUGAUCAAAAAAUUGAGGGGAAAACCACAGCUACUAGAAACUUCCAUGAGCCUUGAGUGAUAAGUCUUUAUGUUUUUAUUUUAACGGUACAUUGUCAUUAACUGUAAUUAUUAAUGUAAUUUAUCUAUAAGUUUAGGUAAUUACAUUUUUAAGUUGAUCUACUGCAAAGAUAGUGUAACUUUUUCAUCAUACAUAACUCAAGCAACCAUUUAAAUAUAUAUAUUUUUAAUUAGUUUUAUGAAUCGAAACAGUUUUUUUUUCCAUAGCAUAUGUUUUAAUUAAAUCAUACCAAUUAUUAUAAUUUUAAGUAUUUUAUGGGCCUUUUUGCUUGUAUGGAUAGAAUAGUUUGAGGACACACAGUACUUGGUCGAGACUGGACUUGAACCCGCAGUCACUGUGAGGACUAUGCUCCCCAUACAUGGGGCGCACUAACCCCCUAGGCUAUCUCCUUGUCUCUUAUGGAUUCACAAUAAUUAGUAUAAUGAAUGUAAUUAUGUUUGUAUAAAUAAUCUCAGACUAUAAUGAAGCUCUGUGGCUCAGCAGGGUGUAUCAGGAACAGCUCAGAUAGUGAGCAAUUUAAGAGCAGAAAUUAUUCAUUAUUGUAUUGUGAUAGUUUUGUGUUAUUUGUUCAAAGAUAAAUGCUGAAAAUUGCCUUUAAAUGUCACGUGUUUAGCUCCUUUCGAGGAGUUGUACUCAAAGCUGUGAUGCGCAGGACCAGAAGACAGUGAAAGAUAACCAAACUAUCUCAGCUUGGACCACAUAUCUUAUCAAACAUGAGCAAUAUUCUGCAUACUGGCAAACCCCGUCCAACCCAAACCACCACGCCUAAUUUUCCUUACAGACGUCACACAGAAUUUUAUCUCUGUUAGUCACUGUUACCUAAGUGUUUUAUUUUCUCUUUCAAAUAAAUUGACUUUCUUGAUAUGUUUCAAAGUCAAGGGCUAACAUGAGCUCUUAUUGCCCUCUUCUGGCUAAAAUUGUUUAUUACAGUUUACCCUUUUUCCUCCAUGACAGACAAAAUUUAAAAGCACAAAAAUGACCCAAACCUUUUACCAAGUUUUUUGUUUAUUUUCAUUGAAAUGUUUAUUGAAACACCUUAUGCUCCCAGUAAGAAUCAAAUAAUAAAAGGAGACUCAAUGUAAAGCUUGCACAGCUGGUCUGCAGUGAACAGAACUACUAUCAAAGUCUGGGAUACAACAUUUCCUUUUCAUUGUGCUGGUUUGGAACAAAAAAAGCAGAUGGUUUAUGUAAAAAUUAAAUAUCAUUGCAAAUACCUCUGUAAAAGGAGGAGAAAUGGUCAUGUCUGUAAAACUGAUGACGAAAUAAACAGUAACGGGUACGAAACAGGAGAGGGGUAAUGAAAAUAAACUGAAAUAAAAAGUACUGUAUCUGCAAUCUUGAUCACACACAUACACACAUAUACACACUCGCAAACAAGCUCAUACGCACAAGCGGGCGCACACACAUGCACACGCUCACUCUCACACAUAUGUACUGCAUAAGUAUCCAAACACACACACACACAAACAUAAACUCACAGAUAAAAUGAAGUGGUUGAAAAUAGUGAAACCCUGGUAAAAUCUAAUGGUAUCAUACAUCCAUGUCUUGUGUCUGAAGUGCAGAAAAACAAAAUGAACCUAAAAAAAAUACAAACUUAAAUGGAGAAAUCAGAUGAAUAAUGUAAAGCAUGCCCAUCUUCACUGGUCUAACCCAGCUUGAAACGACCACAAACCCAGAGUGUUGCCCUCUUUUAGCCUACCCAAACCUCAACCCCCACCCCUCUUCUCCAGCCUCACCUGCCCCAUGCCCUAUUAACCUUUUUUUUAUAUAUAUCAUACCCACAUCCCUGCACAAUGACGUUUAACCUGCUCCCACCUUUCUAAUGCCUGCCUCCUCAAACCUCUGUGCUCUAUUUUCAGGAUCCUGAUGAAUGCCUGUCUGGGAGGAGGAAGCAGGCGGGCAGACGAAGUGGCUGCUGGGUUCGGUUCUGGUUGGUCACCGUUUGAAAAAAUAAAAAAAAGUCCAGUUCAGAACAGAAAGUGAGGACCUUGGGGGUAGGAGUCUUGUUAUGUGCUCAUGUUGAAACAUUUUGUGAGUCGGUUUUUACAGUGGAAAAAAUCUUAUCAUUAGUUAAUGUGAGUAUGCUGGUGAGUUUUGUGCAAUGUUGUUUGGAGGUAUUGGGGGGCAGGGGGGGCAGUGGAGGUGGGAAUGGCGUAGCUCAGGGCCCUGUCCCUCGUCCCUCGGCCCUAGUCGGAGACGGGGCGGGCUUAUAGGGCUUGUGUCUUGAGCUCGAUGGGCUCCCCACGGGUGUCCUGCUGGGUCUCACUCUCAGGGGGCCGGCUGCCCUUCAGUGUGGCGAGGCGCUCAGACAGACCCCUCAUGCGUGGGAACAGCACAAAAUCGUACAGGAGGGCGCCCAUGGCACCUCCUAUCAUUGGCCCGACCCAGUACACCUGCAGGCAGCAAAGAAAGACUAAAUAAAACAGCAACUAUCACGUUGAUGUGUUAUUUUUUCUUGGUGAGUAAUUUCAAGACUUACCCAGUGGUUGAUGAAGUUCCUGAAGAGCACAGCAGGGGCGAAAGACCUUGCAGGGUUCAUCCCAGCACCGGUGUAGUACAUCUGAAACACAGAUUACUAUUUUUAUGGAAGUUUUUAGUUAAAUUAUUAACAAUAAUGGUUUUUAUUGAUGGUUUUUAUAGAAUUGUGUGGUAUUAGGCUACUUUGUUGUCUUUCCAAGACUCCUGAGUGUGCUAAAACUUCCCCCAUCACAGCUCCAGAUUUCCAUCACAUGAUCUACUUUUCCAUGUGUCUCACCCCCAUGAGAUGGCCAAUGGUGACAGAGAAGCCAAUGGAGAGGGCGGCGGAUCCCAAGCGUCCAUUUCUCCUCUCAUCGGUCACAGCAAAGAUGCAAACCACGAGCUGCAGGGUGAGGAAAACCUCCACAGUGGUGGCCAUCCCCAGACUGAUACCAGGCUGCAGCUGGAGGCACAUAGACGGACAAAAACAUGGUUGUGUGUAAGUCAGAAAUUUUACUGCCGUUCACAACUGAGCUUUACAUUCAUUACAGAAAAAUUGUUAGCUACUAGAAGCUAACACUGUUGUCUUACAGGUACUUUAAAGACUGUUUUUGGCUGUUGACCUUGUGAGAUUUAACCUAAACUGAUGCCAUUAUUGAAAUCUCAAAGGUGAAACCAACCCACCCAAAAACUUCUACCCAACCAGGCCUAAAACUGCUAUCCUUGAUUCUGAAACAUCAUCAUGAGCUCUUACCGUGUUCAUUGCCAUGUUGCCUCUCAUGUUGCUGGGUGUAACCCCGUACAGCACAGCAGCCCCAGCCACAGCACCCAGGCACUGAGCAGCUAUGUAGAAAAUGGCACGGAAAAGAGACAACUGUGAGCCGACAAGGUAGGCAAAGGUGACAGCAGGGUUAAUGUGACCCCCGCUGAUGUGGCCGAUGGACUGGAUGAGGGUGGCAGCUGCUAGCCCAAAGCACAGGGCCACAUGAAGGACAUGAUGAGGCCCGGUGGUCCAGCGCAGGGCAGCACCCAUGCCGAAAAAUACAAAGAACAUGGUCCCGAAGAACUCUGCGAAGACCGCCCGCCAAAAAUUCAUGGACUUGAACUCCCACAUGUUGACUGUUCACUUGAUGCUCUCCACAGGAAGAAGAUUCUCUAAGAUGAAAUCAGGGUGAGUCUAGUAAAGGUAAAUUUACACCUUUAAAAGUCCUCUUCAAUCGCCAAAAAAACAAAACAAAAUAAAGGAUCUUCCUCUUACAGUCAGCGGAUGUGGCUGACCAAAAUAAAAACAAAAUCAGAGUCUGUCCACUGACAAAAUAGGAUUUCAAAAUGUCAACAGACAAAUCCACAAAACAGAGUCAACUUAGCUGCGUUGGUUUGCCACCUCUGUCCACCUGUCGCAAAGACAUAGGUGUGAUGUAAUGGGGAGUGUGAGUGGAGGUCUCAAGUGGGAUGAGCUGUCAAGAGGAGGUGUGCAUCAAUGCUAAAGGGGUGUUUCUAAAGUAGAGACGGGGAUAGACAGAGUGUCUGGUGGACCUUUAAGCCUCUCUGA